ACGUUUUACCAUAUGGCGGCGUCAUUGCAAAUGACGUUUUUAAAAAAAGACUGAGUUUGAGAAUUGUAUUUAAAAGUGAUUGGGUUAUGGAAAUAAGUUUUCAUGGGGCAUGGGUUUGGUGAAAACCUCCAACUCGCAAGCAGCCUCUUAUUGCAUAAAUGCGGAGUUGAUUGCCAUUUUCUUUCUAUUACAUUUCUAUCUAUACUUUUUUCUAGAUUUUACAGCAUAAAUGAACUACACUAAAAAUAAUCUCUUAAAAGGUUUAAAAGAUUUUUCAAAACUGUAACCGUUUUAUGUCUUGCAAUUAUUCUAAUGUCACUACAGAUAAAGAUCUCAAAAGACAAGUAGUUUUCAUCCAUGUCAAAAACCAAAGUCUGUUAUUGGUCACUACAGAUAUCUGUUAUUGGUCUCACUUACUCAGCAAAAACCAUUCCAUCAAAAAUCCAAACCCAAAUCACAACAUAGAUCCAUAAUCCAAUUCAGGUAGCUUUUUAAACAUAAUUUAUAUACAUACACACAUACAAAUAGUAACUGGUUCUUCAAGAUUUGUAUAAAAAAGUCCACAGAUUUAGGGCAAAAUCAAUUUAGGGUAAAAAUCGAUUUUGGCCAAAAUUGAUUAAGGCUGGAAUGGACAAUGGAGAUACUCACUAGUGGUGGCUGGUGGAGCUGUGGAUUAAGGUUAGAUUUCAAGGCUCAGUCGCUGAGAAUGGAGAUACUCGCUGGUUCUCCGAUGGUCUACUUAGUCGCUGGAAGAGGAGGAGAUGACUUCGUCGUUGGAGGAGGAGGAGGAGAAGACUUCGUGGUUGAAAUAUUUGAAAAUUUUUGGCCUAGCUGUGAUUUGGGAAUUUUUAACCGAGUGCAGGACUAUGGAGUAACAUUAUUUUUGUACCAUUCAACAUAUUUAGUAGAUAUAGUAAGACAAGAUAUUGGACGGGUAUUGAAACUGGACUCCAUCCAAAGCGGCAAUGCAUGGAAAGGAAUGGACGUAUUGAUAUUCAACACGUGGCAUUGGUGGACCCACGAAGGAAAUUCUCAACCGUGGGAUUAUGUGCAAGAUGGGUCCACUAUCUCCAAAGAUAUGAACCGUUUGCUGGCGUUUUCCAAAGGAUUGACAACAUGGGCCAAUUGGGUUGAUCUCAAUGUUAAUCCUUCCCAAACCAAAGUCUUCUUUCAAGGCAUUUCUCCAACCCAUUAUCAAGGGAAGGACUGGAAUUCAUCAUCAAAGAACUGCAAAGGAGAGGAACAACCGCUACCUGGGUCGACUUACCCUGCAGGAAUGCCUCCGGCAGCCACUGUAGUAACCAAAGUUCUGAAUGGAAUGAAAAAACCAGCUUACCUACUCGACAUAACGACACUCUCACAGUUAAGAAUAGAUGCACACCCAUCGACUUACAGCGGUGAGCAAUCGGGUGUUGAUUGCAGCCACUGGUGCCUUCCUGGACUUCCUGAUACUUGGAACCAACUCCUAUAUGCAGCUCUCAUUAUGUAAUGUUCUAGGCAUUGAGCAAUUAUUUCCCGCUCUAUGUUAUUUAUAGCCAUUGAUUGUACAAUCAUCUUGGAGAUUAUUGCCAUCAGCACAUAAUAAAGGAAUCGAGAAUGUAAAGUCGUUAGUCUCAAACACGAUUUGCUUUGAAAUGAGUAAGCACAUAGAUUACAAUGUUAAUAUGGUAGGAUGAUUAUGAGACACUGAAAUUGAAGUUGUAGUCUCCCACUUUCCCAAUUCCUUUAAUUAAUAUUGUGGUCGACUGAUGAAGUAACACAUCUGGAAAAUUGGGACG